ACCGUGGCCGCAGUUUAGUGAAGCUCCAACGAACGAUAGAGACUCUAAAAUAUUGCCUAUUAAAUAAUAAAUAAUAAUAACAACAUUCCUUCUAAAAGGAAUGUUUCUAUUGGCAUAGGAUUUGAUUUAAUUAAAAUGAGCGAAACGGGCUUAUUUGAUUUGCCAAAGGAGUUGAUCUUUAAUAUAUUUAAGCACGUGAAAAAGAACUGCGAGCGAGAGAAACCAUUUGCAAAUGUCCACCUCAAGUAUGCAGAUUUUUUGAGUUUGGCUGCUUGCUGCAAGCCCCUUAUGCAUCUGAUCUAUGAAUGGAAGAAAGAUCUAAAUUUCGGGCUUACACCAUUCCUGCGCAGUGCGAUUGACAACAAUGAAGUCGAAAAUAUCGAGAUCCUUGAAAAUAUGAUCACCCGAUUGGAGGACAGGUCAGUAAGGAACAAUAAAAACCUCUGGCUCACUUAUGCUACUAGAGACAUCGACCUUGAACGUAUAUGCAUCAACUUGAAGAACACGCCAGCAAGGAACAAGAAAGCCUACUGGAACUACAUCAGUCACGUCAUCAAGGAUUGGCCACAUUUGACUAAAGUCAAAUUGAGGUAUGCUCCCGAAUCAUUCCACAGUGAUUACAUGGAAGUAUUUCGCACUGUAAUGGAUCAACUCCAAAACAAGCCAAAUCUGAAAGAGUUGGACAUUGACGUGGCGGGCUACACCCUAGAGGGUCUAGGAAGCAUUACAACCCUCGAGGAACUUCGUUUAAAUGUUCGGAUGGAUAUUGAUGAUUUGGUUGAAAUCUGCCGCCUGAACGAAAACUUGACCGGUCUGGAGUACAUGAAUAUUGAAACGGGAGGAAAGAGGCUGGCCGCGAUCGCUCCGCACUGCGAAGAGUUGGAUGAGCUUACCUUCACAAUGAGGCCUGAUUGCGAUGCAAGCGAGUAUAGGCCUCUGGCUAAGAUUCCCCGACUGUGGCAUUUAACAAUCAAAGGCGUGCACGAGAAGGGCACUCUUCAGCCUCUGUUGCAUGGAUUCGCCUGCAAUGAGAGCAAAGCCCUCGAAUUACUAUCCAUAGAGGAUUCACCAAUGGACCAAGGAGAAAUGCAGGCACUGUCUCAGAUCGACACAUUAAUAAAUGUGCAGUGUAGACCGGGCGAUCCCCGGGACAUUGGGCGUUUGUCCCAGCUGCCCAAUCUUCGGUACUUGGGAAUACUGUCAGAACUCGACUUUGGGACAAUUUCGGAGGAAGUUCUGAGCAUUCUUAUUCAGCCCAAGAAAAAAAUGAUAAUUUGUCUAGUCAAUUCGACGAUAACAUUCACAUCAAUGGGAGAACUUUCAAUUGAUUUGCUUAAUGAUAGUUCGAGUUCCUCGGACUACGGUAGACUUUCGACUCUGCCAGGUUUAUCUUCGCUUGCAAUUGAAUGUAAUAGAUCGCAUUGUUCCAUUGCGCCGAUUCUCAAUGGAUUCAUUGAAGCGACCAACUUGACGGACUUAUCGUUGAUAAAAAUCAAUGCUGAGGAAGUGGCAGCAGUGUCCCAAAUCGUUUCGCAGCUCCCCGUUCUCGAAGGAUUGACUAUUUCACCUGAUUCAAUUUCCCACGUACCCCUCCAGUGCCUCCUGGCUGCUCUGGCCUCGAGGCCGUUGCAGACGCUACAAAGGCUUUACUUAAUGGAAGUUAGGAUCAAGACCGAGGAGGCAAACGAACUGAUCCGUAUAAGAUCUUUGCGAACUUUGGAAUGCCAGUUUGCAUAUCCUCAGGACAUUCAGCUCCUGUCUGGACUAACCGAACUCGAAAACCUGCGACUAACGACUAAACACAACCAGAUGAGUUCCGUUCCUGUGGACAUGACAUCCUCUGGGAUCUUUGAUCUUUUGAAGGCUUGUCAGCGUAGAAUUUGUAUACACAGCACCGACAGUGGAAUAACUUUCGAUCGGGACGAAAAGGCAUUACGCUUUUCAAUGGAUUUCUUUACAGAAAAUAACAUUGCGAUAGAACCUUUAGCCCACCUGGAACCUGUACAUCAUAUCAAAAUAGAGGAUACCCACGAACCUGGAUCAUUGAGAAAAUACUUUGCAGCCCUAGCGAGGAGAACUCAUCACACUCUGAGAAGUCUGACCAUGCCCGACGACAGCCUGGUCGCCAUUAGUGAGGCCACCGAAUUGGAGAAGAUUACUUCAUUGAGGACCUUCCAUGGCAAACUCUCCGAUGAACGACGUUUCCAGCAUUUACUGGAUUUAAAUGAUGUUCAAGAACAAAUAUCUAUAUAGCUAUAUACAGCUGUGUAAAUAAUACUUAAUAGCCGAUUCCAAUCAAAAUCACCCCCUCAAUGAACUAUUUUAGUUUUAAUAU